CGCAUGUGAGGUAUAUUCCUCACCGCCCGGCCGGCAUGGCCUGCCAGUCUUCGCGCCUUGGCCAUAUAUACCUGAUGCGACAUGCGCGCUCGCUGUCUCACCUUCUACCCCAAGAGCGCGUUGUCAAAGCUCUCCUCCGUCCCCAGGACCUAACAGCAGCGCCGCUCCUCCUCCGCCUGCCUGCUGCCCAACGUCGUCUCUGACAGGCUGCCUUGCCCCAACAAUUUAACAACGCAUUGUCCUAUUGGAACAACACAGCAACGCAAUCUCUCGUCCAGGCUUUUCUUUGUCCGGGGGGUCAAAGAAGUCUUUGAGACAUAACCAGCCUCCAGCCGCCGACGACAUCGAGAACUCGCACUCCUCACACCCCAACGCUUCUUGCCACACAGACCACUUCUCAAAAGCUUGCAGGCCAAGCCGAUCCAUAUACACCAAUCCCAUCAUGGUUGCCAUGGGCGAAACGAUCACGAUAGUCAACAAAUCUGGGAAAGUGGUCAGCACAUCCAAACACCUCGUCAACAUCUUCAACGAAGCCAAGAGUGCGUAUAAUCAGCGAAAGGCGGAGCUGAAAGCUUUUCGGAGGAACCAACAAGGAGGCAGAAAGGAUGAUGAGAGGACGGCGAGAAGGCGUCUCGAUGCCUUGACACUCGCGGACGACGAUUCAACGUACAGACACCACUCUCGAAGAGGGAGUGAUUCCGGACGGUCUACGAGCCGGGGACAUGCGUCGGAAAGAGGAGCGCGGCGACCACGACCUCCUAUAGAACGUGGAGUCACCGACAGUUUCUACACCAACGACCGGCGGAGCAAGCGAGACUCCCCACCCCGCAGCUCCCAGGCCCCAUCACCACUUCGUCAACAAGUCGAUACUUCUCCGCGAGCCGGUGAGCUUACCCGCCGCCACACCGAUGAUGUGGCUUUCAGAAGUCAUCGGUCGCCGAGAUCCCGCAGAGCUAGCCUCGACGACAUCGACAUGGAUCUUGCCUAUGGUGAGCUCCCACCGCCACUUCCCGAACGGAAGUACGACGAGGAAAUCGAGCUGCGUGCGAAGAUGAGCGGCCUACAGCGUCUUCUGGACGAGUGCAACUGUCUCCAACAUUCCGUCACGGCCAUCAUAGAGAAUCUGCAAAAGAACCCCGAUGCUUUGGCCGCGGUCGCCGUGACGCUCGCGGAGAUUAGCAACCUCCUGUCAAAGAUGGCGCCCGGUGCUUUGGCUGGUCUCAAAGGCGCUUUCCCCGCCGGUGUCGCCCUUCUGGCCAGCCCCGAAUUCGCCAUCGCCAUCGGUGUGGGCGUGGGCGUCACCAUCAUCGCGUUGGGAGGAUACAAGAUCAUCAAGAAGAUCAAGGCGCGGAAAGAGGAAGAAUUGCAGCCCCACAAAGCGAUCGAACUGCGAAGACGUAAGAGCACAGACAGCGAGCUGGAGACGGUGAAGGAGCUGGACCGUGUUGAGGCUUGGAGACGCGGGAUUGAUGGUGAUGACGCGGAGAGCGUGGGCACCAGUGUCGAAGGUGAAAUCAUCACACCGCGCGCGGCCAAGACACUCAUGGAAGAGGGCAGGUUCCAUGAGUCGGAUCUCCAAUCGCGGACUGGCAGUGACGCCCAGAAGAAGCGAAGCAAGAAGCACCGAUCAUCCGGCAGUGAGAGGGGCAGUGAGAAGACCAGCAGGUCUAGCAAAGGCAGGUCGGACGUUCAUGCGAAGAGCAAGACGGAGCAUGGUGGGCUGCGGAUGCUGUUCAAGAAGUGAACUAUGAUGUGAAUGACCAUACCUCGCAAUACUAAUCAAUUUCGGACCAUCUCAUUGUGCGAUGGCACCGUAUCUCACUGUUUGCAUUCAAGACAGACAGGAGCCUUUCCCAUUCCUUGUCACGUGAAUGCGAGAUACUAGCGUGUCGCGCUAAGCUGCUUUGGGUGAGAAGGCAAACACGGGUGAAGCUCGCGGAGCUCCGGGGUUUGCCUGAUCGUGAAUGUCGCGAUAGCUACCUUACAUCCUUCUAC